CCGGCCGUCACCACCCAGGUCACCACCCAACGACCCUGAAAUCUUCCGGUAAGUUGACGUUUCGACAGAAGCUAUUUCUACAUCGCAUUGCAACUGUUGGGACGAAAGCCGAAAGGUUCAGACACCGUUUGGUUCGCUGCUCCUGUGAUUUCCGGCGACGACAGACGACUUCUUGGGUGGACUUCAACAACUGUGUCGGCGAUGGUAGGGUACAACGAGAAGGAUGUCGUAGAGUUGGGUGUCAUAGGAAUGGGUGAUAUGGGCCGUGUUUAUGCGAAAGCAUUCGCAAGGGCGGGCUGGAAGCGGGUGAAUGUUUGCGACAUCCCCACCAAAUACCAGGCAUUGAAAGACGAGCUGCAAGGCACCGGCAUCAACGUUCUUCCUGACGGAUUUGCCGUCGCACGUCGAAGUGACUACAUCAUGUAUUGUGUGGAAGCGGCUAACGUGGACAAGGUGGUGGCGGCCUAUGCACCAGCAACGAAGAUAGGCGCCGUUGUGUGCGGACAGACAUCCGUGAAAGACCCUGAGAUCCGGGCAUUCGAGAAGCACGUCCCGCAGGAUGUCCACAUCGUAACAUGCCACUCUCUCCAUGGCCCUGGUGUCAAUCCGGCGGGACAACCGCUGGUUGUCAUGCGGCACCGAUCCAACGACGAGGCCUUUCGGCUUACGGUUCGGAUACUGGAAGCUUUGAACUCCAAGAUCGUAUAUUUGUCUUACCAGGAGCAUGAUCGUAUCACUGCCGAUACUCAAGUAGCGACGCAUUUAGCGUUUCUCAGUAUGGGAACAGCUUGGAAAGCAGCGGCCGUAUAUCCUUGGGAGAACCCAUCUUAUGUUGGCGGCCUGGAGAACGUCAAAACCCUCAUGAUGCUGCGGAUUUACAGUAAUAAAUGGCAUGUUUAUGCAGGUCUGGCGCUUCUCAACCCCAGCGCAAAAGCGCAAGUCCGCCAGUACGCACAAUCGGUCUCUGAACUUUUCAAGAUGAUGAUCCAAGAAGACGACCAAGCGUUUAGGAAUCGCAUUGCUGCUGCAUCCGAGUUUGUGUUUGGCAAAUCUGCGACGACUACCACGAAGGGCCAAAGCAGCAUGCUAUUGUCUGACGAUGUCAUGGAUAAGUUUGCGCUCUCCGCCAUCCCGAGACAUGAUUGGAAGCCGAAUUCGCACCUCUCACUGCUUGCGGUGGUCGAUUGUUGGUGGAAACUCGGUAUAAAUCCAUACGCCCACCUCAUAUGCCAAACCCCGCCUUUCCGCAUGCUCCUAGGCAGCACCGAGUACCUCUUCCGCACGCCUCUGCUACUAGAAGACAGCAUCGUCGCGGCCCUCCGCGAGAAAUCGAUUAGAGCGGAUGAUUGCGAGUUCUAUACGGCGACGAGAGGGUGGGUCGAGUGCAUUGAGCAGGGGGAUUUCGAGGGAUAUCGGGCACGGUUCGAGGGGACGAAGGAGUUCUUUAGGGAGAGAUUAGAUGAGGGGGCUAAGGCCUCAGCAGAACUCAUCGAAACGAUUGCGAAGCGGACCGCCGCUUCAAAUUCGACGGCAAAUGUUCAUUCAAAAUUAUGACCGGCUUCAAAUGCCUGUGACGCAUUAUAUGUACACUAGAAGUCACAAUAUCAAAAAUCGCAUCUCAUCAAGCU